CUUCUCUCAAUCCAAACUUCCUGAAAGAUUCUUCGGACUACUAUACAAAUGGCAGAGAAUAGUUCGGAUAACAGCAUUCUCUCUUUCUCGAGCUAACAUAAAAUUGAUCCCACGCAAACGGUCAAUGGGUCAAGACUGAAAGGCGCAAAAUGGUCUCCAGGACACGAAACUCUUUGCUCUUGGCAGCAAAUAUUCUCAUGCCAAUUGCUAUAUUGAUAUUUGCCAGUGGCUUUUUUCCCUAUAAGCCAUUUCUCUCUGGAUUAGCACAGUAUGAGUCUCUGGAUUUUGGAGAACCUCCGGAGGCUCCAUUUGAUAAGGUCAUCUUCAUGGUUGUUGAUGCGCUGAGGAGGUAGAGAUGACUUCAGGCAGAGUCUGAGAUCAAAGCUAACCUUAACAGCGAUUUUGUAUUUUCAAAUAAUUCUGGAUUCAAAUUUACUCAGAGGUCAAUUGUAUAUCUGCCAGCUUGUUUAACAUCCACUAACUCUUUCUAUAGUCUCAUCUCCAAUGGCGCUGCACUUCCAUUUACAGCUCAUGCGACUUCCCCUACCAUUACUAUGCCAAGAAUAAAAGCUAUAACAACUGGAUCUAUACCUUCUUUUCUCGACGUAAUUCUCAAUUUCGCAGAAUCAGAUACAUCUUCGUCUUUGGCGACUCAAGAUACAUGGCUAGCACAAAUGAAAGCAAAAGGGAAGGGAAAGAUGGUCAUGUAUGGAGAUGACACUUGGUUGAAGCUAUUUCCAGAAACUUUUAAUAGAGCAGAUGGAACUUCAAGCUUUUUUGUUUCGGUUAGUCCUCGAGUGGUUGAGGCUGUACAUAGAAUGAAUGUAGCUGAAUAUCAAUUUCUAAUAGGAUUUUACUGAAGUGGAUAAUAACGUGACGAGACAUGUUCCGGAAGAGUUGAUGAAUGAUGAUUGGAAUACUAUGGUUCUUCACUAUCUGGGACUUGAUCAUAUCGGACAUAAAGCAGGUCCACGAAGGUUGGAAUCAUUUGUUGAGACAUUAUACAGGAGACUAAUUUCUUCUACAGUCCGAAUAUGAUUCCCAAGCAACUAGAGAUGGAUGGUAUUGUCCGGCUAAUCUAUGAAAACAUGGAAGCGAAAGACUACCUAAGCUCGACUCUCUUAAUUUUAUGUGGUGAUCAUGGUAUGAAUGAUGCCGGUAAUCAUGGUGGUUCUGCUCCGGGAGAAACCUCCCCAGCUCUCGUCUUCAUGUCGCCGAGAUUUAAGGGGCUUGUGUAUGAGCGCCAGCAUUUUGAAGUACCUGCUCCAUUUGAAGAGGAAUUCCAAUAUUACAAAACGGUCGAACAGUCCGACAUUGCUCCUACACUUGGAGCUCUACUUGGAUUUCCUGUACCAAGAAAUAACUUGGGAGCUUUCAUUGAUGACUUCCUACCAUUUUGGCCUGAAAGUAUGUUAUCCCAGUAUUCAAUCGAACUCCAUUAACUUCUACCAGGAAAUGACCGUGUUCAAAUCUUACUGCGAAAUGCAAGACAAAUCCUCAGCGUAGUUACUGCAACAUUUCCAUCAUUUGAAAACGAUGGUCCUUCCGAGAAUUGCCACGAACUAUCAAGUAGUGUUGAUGACUUGGCAUGUCAAUGGAGAAGGAUUACUCAAGUUCUAACUGGUCUCAAGGCUAACGAGCAAGAUUAUGAUGCAUGGGUUACGGCCGUCACAAAAGUAUGCUAUCCUUCACACCCGAGUUCAAAAUCUAACAAAAUUUUAGUGGUUGAAGGAAGCUCAAGGCUUAAUGAGUGGUACCGCUAGCAAUUAUGAUGUUAAGAAAUUGGUUGCUGGUCAGAUCAUUGCAGCUUUGGCUUUUGUCAUGGCAGCAGUGGCCGCAGGGCCAUUUGUAGCAAAUCAUUUUAAGUCCUGCAUUCCGUCCAUAGCUAUUUGCUUGACCUACGGCAUUAUGAUGUUUGCUAGUAGUUACGUUGAAGAGGAACAGCAUUUCUGGUAUUGGACAGCGACAGGAUGGCUGUUCCUCUUAUCGAUCAAGAAGUAUGAUUAUAUCUUAAAUCUCAUGUCAAAACUAACAAUCUCCUAGCAUCCGUCGUCAAGCUCGCGAACUUCGGUUACUUGCCAUUAGCUCCUUAUUGAUUCUGGUCGCUACCAGGAUUGCUAGACGAUGGAAUCAAACCGGCCAGAAAUUUGCCGGUGAUCCGGAUAUUGCACGAACAUUCUUCUCUCGGCAUCGAUUAAUUCUCUGGACACUUGUGGGAGGUACCUAUCUUUGGAAUCUUCAAUCACUCGCCAACAGAGGGUUCUCUCGUCUGCCACAAAUCGUCGCUAGUGCAGUAUCUACACUUUUGGCCACCGCGGCAAUCACAUUCAAACUUGCCUUUACGAAUGAAGAUUCACCUGAACUUCUAGCAGGUCUAGCAAAAACUAUGGCCGAUAGUGAUACUGGUAUCCCACUCGUUCUUCGGGCAAGGUUGGUAUUCAUCGGCAUUGCAACUUGUCUAGUAUAUACUAUACUAUCUAGUUUCGGUCCACCAACCAAACGUGCAAAUAGUGAACUAUUCCCCAAGCCCCUUCUGAAAGUCUUUCAUAACUAACAAAAUACCAGUCUCCAUGCGCACAAUUCACGACCUAAUAGUCCUCUUCCUAAUCACCCAAACACGAGCAACCAAUAUUCCACUCAUCCUAAUCUUCGAACUUCAAUUUUCUCUCCUGUCAACCCUCAAUCUCUCCCUCAUUGAAAUAACAACCACCACUCUCCUCCUCCAACAAACCUCCUUCUUCGCCUUCGGAAACUCAAACGCAAUUUCCUCCAUCGAUCUCUCCUCCGCCUACAACGGCGUCGAUUCCUACAACGUAUUCGCCGUCGGCCUCUUAAUUUUCGCCUCUAACUGGGCUGGUCCUCUCUACUUCACUUCAGCUAGUAAUCUCCUACUAUUAAAAUACUGGAAGAAAGAUGGAGUAAUGAGGAAAAAUAUAUGGGGAAAUCAUAUAUCUCUCUUGACGAUAUUUUUCGCGAGUAGUUUGACGGCGACGAUGGUGGCAUGUACGAUUCUUAGAACGCAUCUUUUUAUUUGGACGGUUUUUAGUCCGAAGUUUUUGUAUACUAUGGCUUGGAGUGUGGGUAUGCAUUUAGGGGGGAAUGUGUUGGUUGGUGGUGGGUUGUGGUGGUUGGGGAGGGUGAUUGGGUAGGGGAAGUAUAGGUUUGGGGAGAGUGAAGAUAGAGGGGAGGGGAUUAAGAGGGAAUUUUGUUCGUUUUGGGACGGGGAGAAAAGAAGGUUGAGGUAGAUUGUAAAAUAGAAUGUGGCAAUUAGUUGGCCAAGAAUAAGCG